GUGAAUUAACAUAAAUGGAUAAAUAGGUGUUGAAAUUAUAUAAAUCGAUUCUUAGAGCUGGAAAUCGAUUCAGAGACUAUAAUUUUAGAGAAUAUGUCAUUAGAAGAGCAAAACAAGAUUUUAGAGAAUUACAGAAUAAUCCUGAUCUGAAAAAUAAAGUGAUUGAUAAAUACACAAAAGAAUUAGAGGUUAUUCAAAGACAAACGAUAGUUUAAAAUCUUUACUAUCAGACUAAUCAUAUUAUAGAGUAGAAAUAAUGCAAUAAUUGAG